AUGCCACAGAUUGCAACUCAAGCAUCCUCUCCAAUUUCCCCCCAAGCUGCUGACUCCUCAUCUCGUCCUAAACAAGGACUCGCUCCCACCAAUACCGUGAUCACACUAGAUGGUUCCAUUGUCAGAACUAGAAUCGACUCCUCUCUGCCCGUUUCGGACGUCAUCAGACAGUUGUGCCUGAGCCUCAAGAUCUCUACCCCUCCAAUCAUGUAUGCACUGCGAGACGAGCAAGACCACCUGGUUACAGACGACAACCUAAGGCGGCAUAUUAGGCAUCGGACUCCUUUCAAGCUCGUCAAUUCUCCCUAUGCUGAGGCCAUGGACAUAGCCACGAAACUAACUUCAACAGCUAAAGAUGACCAAUCUAUCCGUACUAUCAUGUUCAACCUUCAGAAGGCCAUCAAGGAGGAGGCUUUCUUCAGAGAGUUCCUACGAAGAGAUGGUCUCCGUGAGCUCGUAAGCGUAAUUCACGCCAGCCACGGCAACACACUAGCAUAUGCUCUUUCUGCAAUGCGGAAUCUCAUGCAUUUCGAGUUUGGCUGGGCCACCCUCGAUUCUUCGUUCAUUUUGCAUAUCGGUUCCCUUCUGGCGAACUCUGGCACCCCAAUAAAUGUAUAUCGUCCUGCAGCAUCGAUCAUACAGAGGCUGAUUGAAGCCGACCCCCGUUCUGCCCCUGCUCUUGCGUCUGUGCCUUCCUCUUCUUCGCGCGUUCUUCCCGCAAACAGUGUUUGGAGGUAUGGAUUUGAUCUUAUUUGGCCUGAGCUGCGGAAGGCCGGUGGUGUUCUUGAGAUGCUCGUCGCUCGCUUAUCAAGUGCUGAGAACGGAAUGGCAAUUUCGAGUCUCAUGUUGAUUAACGCGCUUCUUGCUUAUGCGACCGACAUCUACAUCGAGAACUUAUUUGCAGAGCUUGAGCGAUUGAAUACUCGCAAGGCUGUCAUUCAUCUCAUGUCUUCGUCCUCCGUCGAGGACAUGACAUCCUCUAUCUUACAAUUCCAGACGAACGUCAUGCGGCUGACAUAUAGACGGAGGAUCACCCCUGUCGAUAUGAAUAUUCCCUCAGUGCAAGCUUCCCUCCAUCAUAUCUGGGAACUUUCACGAGCGGAGGAAUGGAUUCCUCCCAAAGGUUUCAACGCGGGUUCUGCGGUUUCUCAGAAUGGGGCCAAGUGGGUAAAACUCGGAUUUAGGUCUGAGAAUUUACGAGGCGAGUUUGUGAACGUUGGACUGCUGGGUCUAGAUUCCUUGCACUGGUUCGUAUCUCGUGACCCAGAACACUUUGCCAAGUUGGUUCUGGAGCAACUGAACCGUCCACUCGAGCGGCGCUGUCCUAUCACCAUUGCCUCCAAUGAAGUCGCUGCGUUGCUGUGUGAACACUGGAACUUGACGCACCCAGCUUAUGUGGUAUCUAAAGAGUAUCAACCAUUAUUCCUCUCCUUUCCUCGGGUUCAUUAUUUCGCAACGCGUUUUUUUAUUCGGAUGUGGAGUGAGAGCAGCGCCUCACACGAGGAUUUGCCGCGGGUGUCAUCCCUUGUGCGAAGCCAGAUUAAAGUCGCCCUUGCGGAUGAAAGAUCCAAACCCUGGCAUGAGGUCGAGAGCUUAUUUAUGGAUUCACUAUAUCGCGAAGUUCGAGAUCGUCUUAUGCUGGAGCUUGAGAUGCAAGAUGAAAUGUUGAACAAGCCUUCGGUGAAAGCCCUUCGUGUCAAAUUACAACAGGAAUCAUAUGAGUUCAUGCGACAACAGCGUAUGAUGUGCAUGAUGCAAGGCGCUUGGUUUGCCAAUGGCGUCCCUGUACCCUCAUCUGACCAUCAACGUGAAGCGCAGCCCAAGCGGCUUGCUCGAGCUUGGAGAUUUUACCGACUCAAUCGGAAUCUGAGGAGUCUUCAUUACGUGGACAGUGCAGUAAAAAUACCCAUUCGGGCUGGGUACGAAGAUCUUCCUGAACAGAUCAAAAUUUCUGAAAUCAUGGAUGUACGAACCCGGACUUGCGCGCUGCCCCCUAAUAUUGCGUUGCCAGAAGCACAUACUUCACCAUACGGACAAUCGCCAACUAUUUCCCCAUUGUCUUUCUCCAUUAUGAGCUCUGCUGGAACCUUUGGGGAGCACGUUUCGGAAAAUGAGUGCCGAUUUUACGAUUGGACGGACGGCUUGAAUAUGCUGAAGGGCAAUCAUGCUUCGACUAAACAGACAGAUGAAUUCGUGGAGGCUUUGACAGAUAUUGGGCUUAAAAUUAAGUUGCUAGAUUUAUCGGGGGAAAAGGUCGACAUUCCUAGUUCUUUAUCCACUGGAUUGCCUCCUUCCAACGUCGAUUUUUACUUUGCGGACCCUGCUGUGUUUCCGGACUAA